CUUGUUAAUCUCAUUGGUUCAAACAGUCAUUUCAAGAUGUAUGCUUCGGUUUUCACGAUCUUUACCAUCGCAACAACUGCUUCCUUCGCUAUUGCAGCCCCUCAGGUCAAAGAGAGAAGCAAUACCACUUCCGCAUCUUGUGGUACCGUAUCGCAACGCAAAUCAUGGGUCGACCUCACCAAUGAUGAGAAGACUGCUUACCUCGAUGCUGAAGUUUGUUUGAUGUCGCUUCCAGCCACGGCUGGCUUUCCCGGGGCGCAAACCCGAUGGGACGAUCUUCAGUUCGCACAUAUCAAUUCAACCAACGUUGUUCACGAUGUCGGUGGUUUUCUCCCUUGGCACCGUCUCUACAUGUACACCCAUAUCACGAUGCUCCAAAACGAAUGCAACUACACUGGUGUUCAGCCUUAUUGGGAAGAGCUUCUCGAUUCAUCCAAUCUCACCGCAUCUUCAAUUUUCGAUCCUGUCUACGGAUUUGGCGGAGACGGCAAUGGAACUGAUGAAUGCAUCACGGAUGGCCCGUUCGCAAACGUUACCCUUCACCUUGGACCCAUCUACGAGGUGACAGAUCACUGCAUUUCUAGAAGCCUGAAUGAUAAUGCCAUCAAAUGGGCCAAUCAGACGUAUCUUGACAUUGUGUUCGCGGCGCAGAAUUAUUCAGCUGCAUGGCCGCUGUUCUCAAGUUGGCCUCAUACAGCUGGGCAUGCUGCUAUUGCCGGAGUUAUGUUGGAUGUGACUUGUAGUCCUGGAGAUCCCAUUUUCUUUCUCCACCACACUAACCUUGAUCGCCUUUGGUGGGAGUGGCAAGCGAUGGAUUUGACAACUCGUCUCACAGAUAUGGAUGGACAAAACGUUCCUACUGCAGAGUACAUUGCAGAAAUGGGCAUCUACAACGUCACCGACUCUUGGUUGGACUAUGAUGGUGACAAUGGCGGAAAUGUCACUACUUUGAACCACACGUUGAGUGUUUUGGGGUUAGUGCCAAACGCUACAAUUGCCGAUGUUAUGGAUAUUCAAGGUGGAUUACUGUGCUAUGAAUAUGUAUGA